AUGGAUGGAAAAGAACAUGGUGUUCCGCACGCAUCUGCGGCUUAUCUGGAGUGGGCUGCGUUGCAAAAUAGGCGUAAUUCCGGAGAGCACGUGUUAGUCAAUGGCCGAGAGUUGACCAUCGCUGAUGUCCUGGCCGUCUCAACACACAAUGGGGCCGCUAAGCUCACGGACGAUCCGUCCGAUCUUGAGCUCGUUGAGGAAAGUGUUGCGUUUUUAGAGGGGGAGCUAGCGGCCGGCAACGUCAUCUAUGGGGUCAACACUGGCUUUGGCGGCAGCGCAGACACCAGAACACAAGACUUUGAGCGCCUCCAGAGCUCGGCCAUCCAGCAUCUCAACGUUGGAAUCUUGCUGAAAGCGGACAAGGCGGUCACUGACCCAGACUCGAAUUCGGGCCUUCGGGACAAUGGCAUGCUGCGAAGCCACGCCCUCCCGACCCCCAUCGUCAAGGCCGCCAUGCUGAUCCGCUGCAAUUCGUUGAUGCGGGGUCAUUCCGGUGUGCGAGUCAGCGUUAUUGAGACCAUCAUGAAGCUGUUGUCUCUCAAUGUGACCCCCAUUGUGCCCCUACGAGGCAGCAUUUCGGCGUCGGGAGAUCUAUCCACCCUCUCGUACAUCGCUGGUGCGAUUGAGGGCAACCCGGACAUCUUCGUCAAGGUGAUCGGCCCCCAGGGCAAGACAGCCAUUGCCCCGGCCGACGAGACUCUGAAAGUUGCCAAACUAGCCCCCGUGCGCCUCCAAGCGAAAGAAGGCCUCGGAAUCACCAACGGCACUGCACCCAGCUGUGCAGCAGCAUGUCUCGCCAUCGACCAAGCCAACCAACUCGCCCUCCUGGUCCAACUCCUCACCGCCAUGGGCACCGAAGCCCUCAACGGCAACGCCAACAACUACCACCCCUUCAUCUCCGCCAUCCGCCCCCACCCCGGCCAAGCCGAAGUAGCCACCAACAUCCUCCACUUCCUCUCCGGCUCCAAGAUCUGCCCACCGCCCACCGCCCCGCACUCCGUCGCCCGCGUCGGCCUCGCCCAGGACCGCUACUCCCUGCGCACCGCCCCACAAUGGCUCGGUCCCCAGCUCGAAGACCUCCUCCUCGCGACCGCCGCCAGCACCACCAACCGCAUGCACCACGGCGGCAACUUUCAAGCCAUGUCCCUCACCUCCGCCAUGGAAAAGACCCUCCUCGCGCUCCAAAACAUCGGCCGCCUCCUCUACGCCCAAUCCGCCGAGGUCAUCAACAACACCACCAACAAGGGCCUGCCCCCCAACCUGUCCCUCGACAACCCCAGCGCCAGCUUCACCUGCAAAGGGUUCGACGUCAACAUGGCCGCCUACGCCGCCGAGCUGGCCUACCUGGCCAACCCUGUCAGCGCGCACGUCCACGUCGCUGAGAUGGCGAACCAGAGCGUCAAUAGCAUGGCGUUGGUGGCUGCGAGGUAUGCGCUCGAGGCCGGGGAGGUGGUGGGGUUGAUGGCGGCGACGUAUGUAUAUGUGUUGUGCCAGGCGCUGGAUUUGAGCCUGCGGCUGAGGGGGGGGGAUGGGGUCGAGGCGGUGUCUGCAACUGUGGUCGGCGCGGUGAUGGCGUGCUGGGAUCGGCUGUCGCAUUUGGAUUUGGUGGAGCGCUGUCGUACUGCGGUGGACGAGUCGCUGGGUACGGUGCUGACGUGCUUGGUGGAGGCGGGGGGCUCGAUGGAGGGCGUGCGUGACUUCCAGCGGAGGAUGAAGGAGGGGUUGGAGGGCUGUUACAGCGAGGUCCGGGCGGAUUUGUUGGCCGGGAAGAUCCAGACGACGGAUUAUAUCAGUGAUGCGUCGAGGGUGGUGUAUGACUUUGUGAGGAAGGACUUGAAUAUCCCGGUUAAUCGUGGUGUGGAGGACCACCCGCCACUGCUGUUGCGCAAGGUGGAGGAGGCGAGAAGGGCUGUUGACGGCGCCGAUGGCCAUGUUACUAACGGUGAUGGUGGACACGGGGAACUGGCGACGGCGGAAGCGGAUCUGGCGCUCAGGGGGAGGACGCUGGGGACCAUGGCCGGCGAAAUCUACGAGGCGGUGCGCGCUGGCGAGUUGCAUGAUCGGAUUAUGAGGUUUGGGGAGGAGUCGGGGAUUUGGGGGGCGGGGAAAGGUACGGUUUAG